AUGUGCAUUUUCGUGGUUACGCAAAAAUUCUGGAAAACACCUGCGAUGAGCGUGUUCGGGAAAAUAUUUGGUGGCGGCAAGAAGACGCAGGCGCCGCCAGCAACACCCCAGGAAUCGAUACAGAAAUUACGGGAAACCGAGGAGAUGCUUGUCAAAAAGCAGGAAUUCCUGGAAAAGAAAAUAGAAGCUAUUUUUUUUUCAGCGAUGAGCGUGUUCGGGAAAAUAUUUGGUGGUGGCAAGAAGACGCAGGCGCCACCAGCGACACCACAAGAAUCGAUACAGAAAUUACGGGAAACCGAGGAGAUGCUUGUCAAAAAGCAGGAAUUCCUGGAAAAGAAAAUAGAAGCUAAACAAUUCGAAAAGCAACUUCAACAUAUCGACGGGGUAUUGUCCACAAUCGAAUUCCAACGGGAAGCCCUGGAAAAUGCGUCGACAAAUGCCGAAGUGUUGCAAGUGAUGGGUUCGGCUGCAAAAGCACUGAAAACAGCGCACAAUGAUAUGGAUGUGGAUCAGGUGCAUGAUUUGAUGGAAGAUAUAGCCGAGCAGCAAGAAGUUGCCAAUGAAAUAGCGGAAGCAAUCAGUAAUCCGGUUGGUUUUGGACAAGACGUCGAUGAAGAUGAGUUACUCAAAGAGUUGGAGGAACUUGAACAGGUGCAUGAUUUGAUGGAAGAUAUAGCCGAACAGCAAGAAGUUGCCAAUGAAAUAGCAGAAGCAAUCAGUAAUCCGGUUGGUUUUGGACAAGACGUCGAUGAAGAUGAGUUACUCAAAGAGUUGGAGGAACUUGAACAGGUCUCGUUUUUUCAAAUUUUUUUAUUUUUACUCAUUCAAAAUUUUAUUUUUGCGCAGCUAACUUGGAAUAUUUAUCAGAAUUGUAAAGGAAACCGUAAAAAGGCAGAGCAUGGAACGAUAGUGAUAUCACGAACGGAACCCCCUUUUUUUGCCGUAAAGUAUCAAUCGAAAGGGACUCAAACCACUCGUCUUUACAUUCGAACGCGACGUGCUAAAUCAGUAUCCUGCCUUCCUUCUGUGUAGCC